GGCAGUCGACAUCCUCUCCAACAGCUAGCUGACCUACGACUGCUGUCCAGGGCGUCUGUCACCUGCCGACUACAAUAUCUUCUCGCCAAACUGCGUUGGCCUUUGGGAUAUCGAGCAGCGCUUUCGUGCAAAGGCGGCUCCAAGAAACCAGAGAACCCUGACCCCCGAACAACUCGACAACCGAAGGCCUAGCAAUCUGACGUCUACCUUUUUGAUUUGCGCUCCGACAGCUGAACCCAAACCUCCACACUACGAAUUUGGCGAGAAUCUUUGACAGCCGUCACCAUGGCCGACGUUGAGAUGACCGAUGCGCCCGCCUCAGUAGCAGUUGUCAAGAAUAAGGGCGCCGCCGACGGCGAAGGGAAAGAGGGAAAGAAGCGGUUUGAGGUGAAGAAGUGGAACGCUGUCGCUUUGUGGGCAUGGGACAUUGUCGUCGACAACUGCGCUAUCUGCAGGAACCACAUUAUGGAUCUCUGCAUCGAGUGUCAAGCGAACCAAGCGUCCGCUACCAGCGAGGAAUGCACUGUUGCUUGGGGUAUUUGCAACCACGCAUUCCAUUUCCACUGCAUUUCUAGAUGGCUCAAGGCGCGCCAAGUCUGUCCACUCGACAACAGGGACUGGGAAUUCCAGAAGUAUGGCAGGUAGGCACCGGCAGCAGGUGCGCUGCAGGGACACGAUGAAUGAUCUAUCGACUCUAUGGAUGGGACGGUGGUGGCGAUGAGAAGCUCCAGUGGGGUAUUCGAGCAUGGUUUUUCGAAACGGUAACGGGGCCCACGUCCAUCGGUAGAAGUGCCAUAUGGCGACUUAAGCCAGCGGAAGAAUGACGGUCGCUGGCACGUUAUGAAUUAUGCAACGAACC